AUGAAUACAACUCGCAAAAGACUAGGCCAUAGAAAAUCGCGGAACGGAUGUGCUCGCUGCAAGGCGCGGCACGUGAAGCCUGGGCCACAGUCCCCGACGUCAAGUGACUCCACAGUCACAAGCCAAGGACGGAAGCCGAUGCAAAGUGCCGAUCCGGGCCUUCCGACUCCGGAAGGAGAGAAUUAUACACCUCCUUUUGGGACCUGGACGCAAAACAUGCGCCUGCUACACCACUACAACGUCGUCAUCUGCCACAUUCUCGAAGAUGAGGAAUCUACGGCUGUGAUAUGGAGAGAAGUGGUCCCAGAAACAGCGUUCUCUCACGACUUUCUGAUGCACGGCUUGCUUGCGUUAUCUUCGCUCCAUUACGCUCAAACUCACCCUGCUCUGCACGAUGAGUUCGCACUAAUCUCAUCGCAAUAUCAAGACGUUGCUUUACAAGCAUUCGCGGCUAAGCUGCAAAAUGCAAAUGAAGGCAGCUUUGAGCCUUACUUCUUUCUUGCGACAUUUCUCUUCAUCAUUAGCAUGUGCUCUAUCACAGGACAACACGAUCCGGACACUGUCAUCGCCCCCAAAGAUCUUGCGCAGUCCUUCAUGCUGCUUCAGGGCAUCAAGAGCAUAUUGGUUUUCAAGCCGGUAGAGACAUGUUUCCAAGCCGGACCGCUAGGGCCUCUUUUUGGACAUAUAAUGCCGUUACCCAUCGAUCACACAGGUCCUUUCCAGCGUCGCUUGGACCAACUCUUCAAGCUCACUCGAGAGCUAAGCCCAACAUUUGAGGCUAUGGAUGCCCAAUCCUCGUGCCUGCUGGCCAUCGAAUCGCUUAGGACUACUUACGCCGCGUGCGCAGCCGAUCAAACCACGACCCGCGCGCGUCGUAUUUGGCUGUGGCCAGUUUCUUUACCCUCGUUCUUUGUUGAUUUAAUCAGCAACCAUCAUCAUGUUGCCCUCAUUAUCCUGGCCCACUAUGCUGCCUUUACCAGGCCGUUUGAACAUCGGCAAUGGAUGAACAAGGGAUGGAGCUCCAAAAUGAUGGCUGCAGUUGAAACUGCAUUAGAUGAGCAGUGGCGAGCAUGGGUCGAUUGGCCGAAGAGAUCGAUCGUAGAGCAAAUUGACGUGGAUGAAAUGGGGUUAUUUGAAGAGAUUUGAGAGUUGAAUUGCGUCUAUAAAAGAAAGGCA